CGCUUUAUAAGCGGCGAACCUUCCCUCACCGCACCACUCGAGCUCAGGACGCCGACGAGUGCACGUACACGUUUGUUGCGUCCCGAAAACGACUCUGUUACCGCGAUAUUUCGACGAUACCUUGUGAUGUUUGGAUUGUUACAAUUAUAAGUGAACUUGUGAUACUUUAUACGAACAUAUUUUUGGAAACUUUUUAUCAGUGUCAGUGAAUAUUGUGCAAGAUGCUCGUGGAGGAUUCUCAGACCACUCGGGCUCUGAUGACGAAGAAGUACGCACAUUGUCCGCUGAAGAAGCGGCCGGUGCUGGUGCGGGAGGAGCGGCCUGCGACGCCGCCCACUACGCCGCCUCACCCCGCCCACCUCGCCACGCGACUUUACUACGAUUAUCAUUGUGAUACAGAAAACGAUGAACCCCAAAAUCUUAGUACGAAACCAGAAGAUCUUUCCAAAACUGGUAACUACCCAAGCAAAGCUUCAUCACCAGUCUCGACCACAGCAGUUAAGGUAGAACCUCGCGAAUGGCCACAACAUCAACUGGAGUACUUGGCUGCGUGCCGUGCUCGUCUUGAGCCCGCGCCGGCCGAGCUAGCGCGCCCCACGCCUCAGUACGCGUACCUGCCGACUCUGUACGCGCCCUACCCUCUGGAAGAGCUGUACCCGGCACCACCUUCACAGUCCCCACCUGCGCACCCCCAACUUUACGCUCACCACUACUCACCGGCCUCACCACCAUCCUCUGUGUCACCACCGCCGUGCCCUGAAGACUUACGUUCACCCGGAUCAGUCUCCUCCGACUCCGGUAUAUCAGUAUCGGCACCACGACGCCCUCGCUACCAGUGCCCAGAUUGUGCAAAGUCCUAUUCUACUUAUUCUGGGCUAUCGAAGCAUCAACAAUACCACUGCGCCGCCGCCGAGGGCAGCCUUGCAAGAAAAUCGUUCAGCUGCAAAUACUGCGCCAAGGUGUACACAUCUCUUGGAGCGCUUAAGAUGCACAUCAGAACUCACACCCUGCCCUGCAAGUGUCACCUGUGCGGCAAGGCGUUCUCCAGGCCGUGGUUGCUGCAGGGACACAUCCGCACCCACACUGGGGAAAAGCCGUUCUCUUGUCAUCAUUGUCGUCGCGCUUUCGCCGACAGGUCGAACCUGCGCGCCCACCUACAAACUCAUUCAGACGUUAAAAAAUAUUCUUGUUCCGGCUGCGGCAAGACGUUCUCUCGCAUGUCCUUGUUGAGCAAGCACUUGGAGGGAGGCUGCGGAGUCCCCGGCGCUUCCCCGUACGAAUACCGACCGGAGGCGAUGUCCUCGCCGCACUCGCAUCAGUCGCUCCCUCCGCCAGCUCCUGUCCAUGCCUAUUAAAAAGACUGAGACCCGCAGGAUCCUCGAUCUCUUAUUUAGCUGUAUAGUCCUCUAAUGUAAGCGCUAGCUGAACGACGCUCUAGUAGUUUAAGUAUUUAAAAUUAAAUUAUUUUUGUAAAUGAUUAAAAUCUCAUACAGUGUGUAAAUUUAUAUUUUUAUGAUUCAAGUAUAGGGGACCAAUGUAAAUGUAGACUAUUAAGCUUAAGUUAGUAUAAGUUAUUUGUAAGGUUUAUAAUAUUCAGUCACGUCACCCGUGGCUUCGCUAGUCAUAUGGCAUUUGCCAAGUGUCAUACACUUAUUAAAAUUUAUAUUCGUAUCCUAAGCCAUGUACAAAGUGCCUUAAGUAUAAAUAUUAAUAUAUUCUGAAAAAAGUAUAACAAUAUGCUAUUAUUUUAAUGUAUUGUAUUAAAAUAAUACUUAUCAAUGAGGCUAUAGUUAAGCCGAUGGUCGGAUUGCGUUCCUUUCUGUUACCUCCAUACGCAGAAAAUAAAAGAUGUCAUAAACUGAA